AUGGCGGAUGUGUCAAGCGAGAAGAGCCUGGACGACUUCUUUGCCAAACGGGAUAAGAAGAAGAAGAAAGACAAGGGCAAGGCCAAGGAGUCCUCUUCUUCCUCGACGGGCCUAAAAAAGAGCAAAAAGGAGAAUGAAAAGUCGUCAAAAGGCGACGGUUCGGACCCCAAUAUGGAUAAGGAGGACGAGGAGUGGAAAGAGUUUGAGCAGAAAGAAGUGGACUACAGCGGACUGAGGCUUCAAGCCAUGCAGAUCAGCGACGAGAAGGAUGAAGAGGAGUACGAAGAUGACGAGCAGGACGAGGAUGGGGAUGGAGACGUCCUCAUUGUCGCGGGCGGGGACAAAGUCUCCGGCCCUUGGAACAAGUCCACUUCUGCUCCUGCGCCAGCUCCGCCAGUGGAGGAUGUGGAGGCACCCGAAUCGAAGCCUUCGGGCGUGUACCGCCCCCCGGGGGCUCGCUAUACCUCAUCCAGACGAGGACACAACCAGGGACCGCCUGAGAUCUUCAGCGACGCCCAGUUCCCCUCCCUGAUGGCCACCGGCAAGCACGUGGAGACGCGCAAGGACCGCGAGAUGGAAAAGACAUUCGAAGUGGUCAAACACAAAGGCCGCGGCAGAGAAGACGGCAACACCGGCGCCGCCGUGCAACACCUGCAGCUGGACAACCAGUACGCCGUCCUCGGGGAUAAGUAA